GCGGAAUUUGUUACUCAUUGGACUGAAUUUUUAUGGUAUCUAAAAGUAGAGAAAUCAUUAAUGAUCAAAUUAAUUGUUGAAAUCAUUUUUUUUUUACCAAUUGAAAUCUGCACAAUUUGAUCCCAUUUUUCUUUCUAAGAAAAAAAAUCAGGUUUUAUUUUUCUUUUGAAUUAACAAGUUUGAGGAAAUUUUGGGAAUCUAAGGUUAAAGAAUAAUUAAAAGAAAUGGAAUUUUCAGUAGGUUUGAAUUCACAUGAUAAUUUGGAUAAACAGAUUUCUCAGCUGAUGCAGUGUAAGCCCUUAUCGGAACAAGAGAUUAAGCUGCUAUGUGACAAGGCUAAGGAGAUAUUAAGGGAUGAAAGCAAUGUCCAGCCCGUUAAAAGCCCUGUUACAAUAUGUGGUGAUAUUCAUGGACAGUUUCAUGAUCUUGCAGAGCUUUUUCGAAUUGGAGGGAAGUGUCCAGAUACAAAUUACUUGUUCAUGGGAGAUUAUGUUGACCGAGGUUACUAUUCAGUUGAAACUGUAACACUCUUGGUAGCCAUUAAAGCGCGUUACCCUCAACGGAUUACGAUUCUAAGGGGAAAUCACGAGAGCCGUCAGAUUACUCAAGUGUAUGGCUUUUAUGAUGAAUGUCUAAGGAAAUAUGGGACUGCAAAUGUUUGGAAGACUUUCACUGAUCUAUUUGAUUAUUUUCCAUUAACAGCAUUGGUGGAAUCUGAAAUUUUCUGUCUCCAUGGUGGGUUAUCCCCGGCAAUUGAAACCUUGGACAACAUACGUAAUUUCGACCGUGUUCAAGAGGUUCCUCAUGAAGGUCCCAUGUGUGAUUUAUUGUGGUCCGACCCCGAUGAUCGUUGCGGUUGGGGUAUUUCUCCAAGGGGUGCUGGAUAUACCUUUGGCCAAGACAUAUCUGAGCAAUUUAACCACAAAAACAGUUUGAAACUCAUUGCUAGAGCUCAUCAACUGGUGAUGGAAGGGUUCAAUUGGGGUCAUGAACAAAACGUUGUUACUAUAUUCAGCGCACCAAAUUAUUGUUAUCGAUGCGGAAACAUGGCUUCCAUCUUGGAAGUUGAUGAUUGCAAGGCUCAUACAUUCAUUCAGUUUGAGCCAGCUCCUAGGAGAGGAGAGCCCGAUGUGACUCGGAGGACACCUGAAUACUUCCUGUAAAAAGGAAUCAGCAUGGACUUGAUGAGCCUCCGAUGGUCAGUGCCCGUCAACGGUGGUUGUUCCGUGGCAGCGAGCUUGUAUGUGGCUGAUUG